AUGAUGAUAAAAAAAAAAUUAUUUCGUUUACUGAGUGUUGUACCAUUCAAACAAGCUGUUAUUUUUCGUAAAUCUGCAUCAAGUUGCAAACGUUUAUGCAAAUCAUUGAAUAAAAAUAAUUUACCUGCUGUUGAAAUUCAUCCUGGUAUACCAGAAAACGAACGUUUGGCACAUUAUAAAAAAUUUAAAGAAGGUCAAACACGUAUUGUCGUUGCAACAAAAUUAUUUGAAUGUGGUAUGAAUGUUGCACGUGCUAAUAUUGUAUUUAAUUAUGAUAUGCCAGAAAAUACAGAUACUUAUCUUGAUCGAAUUGCCCGUGAUGGUGGAGUUGGUGCAAAAUGUUUAGUAAUAACAUUUGUUGCAGAUGGAAGUGAUGCAAAAAUUCUUAAUGAAGUUCAAAGUCGUUUUGGAGUACAAAUUACUGAAAUGCCUGAUGAAGUUGAUAUGAUUACAUACAUGAAAAAUUAA